AUGAUUAAUGGUGAGAGGUACUGCGUAUCAUAUGAAGGAAUCUCGACGAUCUGCUCGUCAUGUGGUAUGUAUGGACAUAUAGCCUAUUCAUGCCCACGUAAGGUACUGGAGGAAACUCCUAUAAAUGCGGUUCUUCCAGUGGACAUGACACAAAAGAAUACGGAGGUUGCAGGUAUGGAUACCGAUUUUAUCCCAGUGAGACAGGCCAGGAAAGGGCUAACUCAGAAUGGGCAGAGAGGAGUUACACUGCGGAGUAAUGAAAGUAGGGAGAUGGUAGGAAAUAAGACGUUGAUCGGUAGUAAAAGUCGAGGGGCUCGUCAAGAGAGUAUGUCGGAGGAGAUAAGGGUUUUGAAUAAGUUUGGAGGGUUGAAUGUGGAGGAAGAUAUGGAGGAACAAAUGGAGGAGAGUGGGAAUAGAGAAGAGAAUAAAGAAAAUGAAAAUACUACUAAUAUAGUAUCUGGAGGAGCGAGCAAAGAGACUGGGAAGGAAUUCUCAUUUGGAAAGAAUGGGAACAUAGGGAACCAACAACCAGCUCGAUUGGGUCCAAAAGAUAAGAAGAUUAGCAACAUGAGAGGUCCAAAUCCUUCUAAGACCAAACUGAGAAAUGUUGGGCCUAUGCGCGGUUUGGUGUUUGGCCCAAUAAGUGGGGAGAGUGGCAUGUCGGCGUGA